UCCACACUCGGCUGCACAGGCAGAACCAAGAAUCACGCUCGUCUCUCCUCCGGUGCGCUGCUUCGCCUCUCCUCCAUUGGAUACUCCUCCCUGGGUGUUUUUGACUUAUUUAUUUAUUUUCUUAUUUUUGUGAAUGGGCAUCGGUGGCCGGUGUGGGGAGCUUGUGAAUGGACUGACUGCCCCGGCUGACUGACUGACUGACUGACAGGCUGGCAGUGAGAGAAAAGAGAGGUGCUCCGAUUAAAAAGGGCGAUGCAGAGAGGUCAAGCGAGGAGCCCCGGAGCCUCUUAGAAGUCUGGAAAUACAAAAGACACGUGAGGCGAAUCAAGAAGCUUAAGAUAAACAACAAAGAGAAGAAUGGUGCAUCACAGAGAGGAGGACCUGAUUGGGAUCCCAUUCCCAAAUCACAGCAGUGACGUCCUUUGCAGUCUCAAUGAGCAGCGGCGUGACGGGCUGCUCUGCGAUGUCAUUCUCAUCGUUCGCGACCAGGAGUACCGCACGCACCGUUCUGUGCUGGCAGCCUGCAGCCAGUACUUUAAGAAGCUCUUCACUGUGGCCACCAGUGACGGUGGAGACCACCAUCACACAGCUGCCAUCUAUGAAAUCGACUUUGUUGCUCCAGAGUCUCUCACUGCCAUCUUAGAGUUUGCCUACACUUCCACUCUGACCGUGACGGCGUCCAACGUCAAAGAGAUCCUGAACGCGGCUCAAAUGCUGGAGAUCCCCUGCAUCAUCAACGUCUGCCUGGAGAUCAUGGACAGCGGGGGUGGAGGAGGCGGAGGAGGUGGAGGAGUAGCGAUGGAGGAAGGAGAAGAGGAUGAGGAAGAAGAGGAGGACGCGGAGGAAGACGAGGAGGAGGAAGAAGAGGAGGAGGAUGAAGAGGAGGAUGUGGGGUCGAGGAAAGAUGAGCAGGAUGAGGAGGAAGACAAUGUCAGCGAGAGGUCGCUGCAGUCAUUGGAGAGCAGGGGGGAGCAGACGCCACCGGGGACGGAGGAUUCCUCGCCUCCAGGUACCUCUCAGUUCCAGCAGCAGUUCGACCUCCACAGAGAGUCGUCCCAGUCCCAGUCUCCAGACACCAUGAGAGGAAAACAGGAGAGUAUAGAGAGUCGGGCACUGAAGGAUUUCUCCAUCGAGUCCCUCCUCCAAGAAGGGCUUUACCCCCGUAUGCCAACACUGGACAGGAGGGCCAACUUCUCCCCUCUCCUCCCAGGCUUCUAUCCCUCCAUGUGGGCUGCCGAGUUCCCGGCCUUCCCCAAACAGCUUCUGGACCCGAACCACCACCAGCACCCUCAUGCAGGAACCUCACCACAAACCCGGCUCCCGCACGCCUUCCCUCCCGUUGCCCCCCAUGAAGCCUCCAGGCCCCUCGAUCUAGCUGUGAAAAGAGAGAUCAUCAAGGAGGAGAUGAAGGAGGAGGUUCCUCUCAGUCUACUACAAGGAAACUUCUUGAAGGAGUUUGUGGGGUCUGGCCUGGGAAGCCCAGUGAACGCUGGGUCAGCACCGCCGGAAGGCCAUGCUUUGGCUCCAAUAAAAGAUGAAGCAGACUUUCGGUCGUACCUCAGCUUCCUGAGCUCUGCGUCCCAACUGGGGGCGCUGUUCCCCCCCUGGCAGAUGGAGGAGGAGAGGAAGAUGAAGCCAAAAGCAUCUCAGCAGUGUCCGAUAUGUAACAAGGUUAUCCAAGGGGCAGGGAAACUCCCUCGACACAUGAGGACGCAUACUGGAGAGAAACCAUACAUGUGCACAAUCUGUGAAGUACGAUUCACCAGACAAGACAAACUGAAGAUCCACAUGAGGAAGCACACGGGUGAGCGCCCUUACAUCUGCCUCCACUGCAACUCCAAGUUUGUCCACAACUACGACCUGAAGAACCACCUUCGUAUCCACACGGGCGUCCGUCCAUACCAGUGCGAGCACUGCUACAAAAGUUUCACACGGUCUGACCACCUACAUCGACACAUCAAGAGGCAGAGCUGCCGCAUCUCCCGCCCCCGACGGGGACGAAAGCCGGCCGCUUGGCGAUCAACACCCACCAGCAGCUUCCUGUGCCCCCCCACUGCUACUAACAACCGGUUUGAGGAGAAUGGGUUAAGCUCUCCGUACCCAGGAGUCAAGAGUCAUGGACUCGGGGAGAUGCUCGGCCUCGGGAGCAGAGCUCUGGGGUUUAAGAGCGGGGACAGUGCGAGCAGGGAGAGCAGGGAGGAACGACAAGCAGAAGGGAAGCACGUUGCGGAGGAGGAGGAGACGGCAGGCGCAGGGAGGCAGAGAGGAGUGUUCGCCUUCGCCCUGGCUGGAGAAGAAGUGCUUAACCACUCUCCAUUUUACGCCCCAUCCUCUGACCCCUGGACCAUGAGACUGGAGCGUGCUCCACCCAUCCCUGAGCCGGCCAAAUGAACCACAGUGUGAAGAAGAGAAAACAGAAAGGACUAGAUCCAGAGUCUCUCUAAUCUGUUCUGCUUCAGGACGCUAAAGCACCUUUUUAAAAAGUGAAAGAGAUAAAUGAACCUUUGAAACCUGCUGAAGUGGCAGCAUUAAGACAGAUUUUUAUUUGUUUUUAUGUUUGUCGAGUUAGAUGAUUUCACAGAUGUCAUGUUGAAUACUUGUUUCAGGCCUGUGGAUGUUUACAAUUUUUUAACAGCAUUUGAGAAGACGUGAACAGUUUGACACUGCUAAUGAGGAUAUCAGAGAAGUGUUAUAUAUAAAUCGCUUUAUUUAUCUACAAUGUUGUCUAAAAUGCUAUUAAUUCAGAAAGUACAAAAUCCUGCGAUGCAAGCUGAUAUAAGGCCUCAAUAUUGAUAGGUAUGAAUAUGCAACAAAUAGAAAUAAACACCCAGAGCAGUACCUAUUAUUUAAACAAUGAAGAAUUAGAGACUAUAAUGCAUGUAAAUUAAUUAUUUCAUGUACAAAAACAACCAAAAAGGUUUUGUUGUACAUGAAUUUUUCGAUUUAAUAAUAAAAAUGAAGCAGAGUAGAUACAAAUAAAGACAUUAUUGUAAAAUAAAUAAGCCUAAAGUACAGUUUCAUAUUUGUUUUAUUUCAAAAAAAUUGAUUAAUAAUGGGGCAACGUCCAGAACUUGCCCUGCAUGUAUGAUUAGUUCUUACAUGAUUAUUAAAUAAUACUCAAACAUGAUAAUUCAGUAAUCGUCAAAAACAAAUGAAGCCCACUUGAAGUCAGGAUGAUAAAUCGGGAUAUUCGAUUAUGUCUUUCCUCCACUGCCUUGUUCUGAUUUAAGCUCUCGUCUGCACUAUUGUACAUAAACUUUUUGGCCAUGGUGGUGUUAAAUACGGUUGCAAUGCUGAUGAUGUAAAACAAAGUUAUAUAUAAAUAUAUAUAUAUAAAUAUAUAUAUAUAUAUUGCUCUUAAAGACUUUGAGGCAUCCAUCCAAAGACGUGUACUUUAAUAUUUCACAGACUUGAAUACGACUUUGUUUUAAUGUUUAUGUCUUGAGAGGAUGUAUAUUUCUGGCUGAUAAAAUGCCGCUUUAGCUACACAGUAUGCUCGUGUUUUUUCUGCUGCAUCAGAUCAGGAGGGCUGAAGCCCCUGUUUUUUUCAUAUAAUGUUCAUCUCUGAUUUGUGUACAAAGACGUUCAAAAAUGAUUUGAAAUGGGAAAGUAUUUUCUUGCUAUUUAUGCGUAUUUAAAUGAAUGAGCCUUGGCUAUAUUUUGCAAAUCUGUUUUAU